GACCUGUUCGUUUUUGCUCUUUAGUGAAAAUGAUUUGCUCAAACACCAACUAAAGAAAUACGUGGGUGCUGUUCAAUCGUUGAAAAGAAAUGACAUUAUGGAAGAAGCUCCAGAAAAUGAAAGACUUUCUUCUAUCAUUCUUUCUCCGGAAUCUGACGUCGACGAAGUGAGAAAGGAAGAAAACAAAGAUUUUGAGCGGAAGUUGAUCCAAGUCGCUGAUAUGCAUGGCGAACUUAUUGAACUCAAUGAAAGACUACAAAAAAUGUUGAAUGUUCGUGAAUGUCAGCUAAGAAUAUUAAAAGAAGAGCUUGUCAAUCUUAGAGGACCGCUUCCUCAGGACAAUAAUCAUGAUGAAUGUUUAUAUUUGACGGAGUUUGGUCCAAAUUUCAUGUCUGUCAAUACUCGUCCUUUAAUUAACAUUUGGAUUCCAUCUGUUUUUGUACAAGGAAAGUCUCCAAACAUUCACCAUUCUUAUCAGACAAGCAAGCAGUUUAAACCUGUUGCACAAUUCACGUUUCCCGCGAAGAAAAUUAUUGGAAAUCGUGACGUCAAUUUUGUGGAAACACGUCGAAAACAAUUGGAAAAUUACUUGAGAAAAUUGAUCAAUUAUAGUCUGGGUGCUGUUCCAGAGUUAGGUGAAAAUCCUUGCAAGAGUUCUUUGUUCAAAUACUUUCCAUUUUUCAUGCAAACUUCAACGGUAUCAUCUGUUUCAACGACGACAACGACAAAACAAACUGUUCCUUCUGCACAUAAUGGUUAAAAUGUAAAAUUGUAGGAUGUCUGUCAAAAAAACAGAGCAUAGAAAUUGUAUAAGUUCUAUUGUAUAUAUAUAACAUACAUAUAGUUCAGUAUAUAUAAAUAUAAUAUGUCUACAAAGUAGAAGAAUUUCCUGAUGCAUCAACUUCAAGGACUCUUUAUUGUAUGUGUUGUACACAGAUAUAAUUUGUCAGUAUUUGCUACUAUAUAAUAGUACAUCAUACUGGGUUUUAACAAGUUAAAACAUAAUAUUUAACUUGAAAUGAAAACAAUCGUAUAUUAAAUACAUCACACGAAACCUA